UCUCCCGGAACGUGCGCGAAAGCAUGAAGUUGGCAAGGUUUCGAAUUUCAAGAGCAGCCUGCGCGUGUAGCAUGGCCAAAUAGUAUUUUGGACUUCGGCAAAAGCUGCCUAAUUUUAGCAACUACUGUGUGUGCAAUAUAGAAGUUGAAGAUCCUAAUGCACCGCUAAGAUUAGUGCCUUGCUGCUGUUCCUCUAAGGAUCGCGUAUUAUUGACUUCGUAUACAAAUUGGCAUGCCUUAGGCUUAGAUAAUCAGAAAUCCUUCUAUAGAAUGCGCCAUUCGGGUCAGAUUGUGGUGCCGCCAUAACUGUGGCUCCCGGUUACCUUGCUUGCUUGAAAUUAUUUUCGUUGCAAACAGUGCAAUGAUGUGAUUGAUAUCUUUUUUUUACGGAGCAUAUACUUAAAUGCACAUACACAAUAUAGCAGCCCGUCCUGUAACUUGAAUCGACGUGCCAGCAAGUCAUUCCUUUUUCAAGUAGUCCAUUUCCUAACAAUGUACAGGGGAACGUCACCUUAGCAGCAAAUUGGCACCGGUGCCUAACACGGCUCUCCGACUUGAAGCCACUGAAUGGCAGCCUCAGAAUGGCAGCCGGCGCACGGAUUACGUCAAUUAUGGCAUGUCCGCUUAUCAGAUAACAUCAUUGUUAAGUGCGUCGCGCCUUGCGCACAAGUUUCACGAGACCCUUUUUGUCGGCUCUUCGCCGAAGGAGCAUCGGCUGGCCUGCAGUGUCUGACACAAAGGAUGGAUCCUCAGGAUGAACGCACAAUCAGUGCCUCGAAGACGUCGCCUAAGCCAACUGCCGCUCCGCGGGGAAUUGACCAAUGCUGGCACGUGGCUAUCAUCUGCGCUAUGACUACAUUCCUCACUUCCGCCACCAUAAGGUCAUCUGGCUUCCUUUACAUCGGCAUAAUGAGGGAGUUCCAUGCCGACCGCGGUCAAGCCGCCUGGCCAAUCUGCCUCAUGGGAGCCAUGGCCAACAUGGCUGGCCUAGUCGCCGGUCCUUUGAUCCAGAAGUUCACGCCUCCGCCUGUCAUGUUCGCCGGAAGCAUAAUAAUGUCAGGCGGUAUCAUCGCUUCGAGUUUUGCACCGAGCAUAACAUGGAUUGCUGUUACUCAAGGGAUUGUGUUUGGCAUAGGAUCAGGCCUGGUGUUCAUGACGCUCCCCGUAUUCGUCAACCAGUACUUCGACAAGUACAGGGGCUUCGCACUUGGCAUCAUGUACACCGGUUCCACGAGCUCGGCGUUCGUCUUUCCGCGGUUGCUGCUGUACCUCGAGAAGACGUACAACUUUCGCAGCAGCAUCAUGAUCUUCGGCGCUAUCAUAGGCCACGCCAUCGCCAUUAGCCUCCUCCUGAAAGAGCCACCAUGGAUUCGCCGCAAGCGAGCUGAAGACGCACUGGCAGUGAAGCAAGCCAAACAGAUCUUCACCAUCCAGAAAGAAUGCAUGAAGGAGCGGUCGAACACCAUCCUGAAAGACGCUCUUCCUGGUGAAAAAGUAGAAGGUAACGCAAAAGAUAAAGCAAAGAAGCCGGUGAAUCCUUGGAGUCUCCGUCAUGGGUUUACUGUGCUCGAGAGUCCCAUGUUUUAUGUCGUGGCGCUCACAUAUAUUGUGUUUGGUUAUAACUUUGACGUCUUCAUGGCCACCAUUGUCGACUUUGCUAUCGACAAAGGCACGGAUUUGGAGGCAGCCGUGGGUCUUAUACCGCUUUUCUCCAUGACCGACACUUUUGGACGCCUGUGCAUCCCGCUGCUCGCCGAUAGAGGGUACCUGAGGCGCAGUACCCUAGCCAUGCUCACCUACCUGUGGAUGUCUGUAGCACUGCAAGUUUUUCCGCUUGUGUGUGGCUACUACCAUCUGUUGGCUGCCUGUCUGUGCUUCACGAUGGCCGUUGGGUGUGGCAUCAUCAUGUAUCCGAUUCUUAUGGCCGACUACAUGGGCAUCCAGAGGCUUCCUAUCAGUUAUGGCAUCGUCGGGACAGUGGCUGGCCCAUUGUUUAUAGUCAAGCCACUUUUUAUUGGCUACUUCCGGGACUACGUCGGGUCGUACGACAACAUGUACCGGUUCCUUUCGGUCGGCGUCUUUGCGGUAGGCCUUGCUUGGCUAGCCGUGUGCCUGAGCGAGCGCCGCAAGCGCAAGACGUGGCAGCCGCCUGCAGAGGGAGCCACCGAAGCCAUCGUCGUUGCUGGCCAUGCCAUCUACUGCAACCCCGGUUUCGCGGCCACGGAACCUGGCUGCAGGGACGUUUACUGCGCCGGGUCGAAGGCGCGAAAAUGUGAUCCGGAAUGCGGAACAGUGUCAACAUGAGGUUCCGGAGGCGAAUUUAUUUUUGUUCAAAACACAUGUGCGAGUGCGUUCGCAAAAUAGCGCCGCUACAGAAAGUGCUGCGGCCGUUAAGACCCGCGUGUCCAAGAUAAGCGGGUUUUAACACGGUUGUCCGGCUGCGUUUAAACCAUUUUGUCUACUUUGAAACACGCCGCUAUAAAGCGCAUAGUUUCAAGUGUCGCCUAGCUUUGAAACUAGGCGGCAUGGAGGCGCUAUCGAACGCACGCCGCGCAGCGGGUGGCGAAGCGUCUCUGCACCCAUCGGUAGCCCAGAAGAUGACAAAGAUUGUACCAAAUGCUCUGUGAAAUUUUCGUAACGUCUUAGAUAUUGUUACUAUGAUAUAGCAAAUCGGUAAACUAUGAUAGUUGGCACAUUGUAACACAAGUAAAAAAAAAAAACAACGGAAACACACGAGAGAUCAAAUGAAGAAGACUGACGGACUAGCUGGACGGGACUAGAGGGACUAGCGACGGAUGUCUACUUCAUCUGGCUUACCGUGUGUUUCCGCUGGAUUUUUAUCCGUUUUGUAACGUGCCAACUAGUCCAGUUCACCGCUCUGCUACUCCUGCUAGUCCGGUCGUCUUCUCCAUCUGGACUCCCGUGCGUUUCCGCUGCUUUUAUUUCGUUUUCCAUUUUUAGUUAUUCCGAAUAUAUUUUUGGCAUAGUGCAAGCAGCAAUAUUUCCAACGGAGGCUUUGAAUAAACAGAAAAAAGCACA